CGGCACGGAAGCGCCAAGUGACCGCAUCGCUUGCUCACGCGCACGCACGUACGUACUCACGCACGCGACAACACUCGCACACUCGCGUCUGCCGCUCGGCACAUUACCACGCGCCGCGGAACACCCGGUGGUCUGUCGUUGAUACCGUCUCCCGCGCGCGCACACCGAUCCGACAUCGACGUUCGCGCGAAUGUCCGUCUGCGCACCGUCAACCGUCGCACCGGGUUUACCGUUUUCCAUUUAUAUUACCCGUCAGUCACCGGACGCGCAUCGCGUUAACCGCGAUCAUGACUUCCGGAGUGACGGCCGACGACCCACUGUCCCAGGGCUCACCGCUAGCCACCGACCCGUGCACCCAGAAGAAAAUCAACGAGAACAACCGAAGGAGUAAUAAACCAAUAAUGGAGAAAAAGAGAAGGGCCAGAAUAAAUAAUUGUCUGAAUGAGUUGAAAACUUUGAUCUUAGACGCAACUAAAAAAGAUCCAGCAAGACAUUCAAAACUAGAAAAAGCAGAUAUUUUGGAAAUGACUGUAAAACACUUAGAAUCUAUGCAAAGGCAUAAUGUAGCUCUAUCAGCAGCUACAGAUUCGACUGUAGCCAACAAAUUCAAAGCUGGAUUUACGGAGUGUACAAAUGAAGUUAGCAGAUUUCCUGGGCUUGAACCCAAUGUCCGUAAACGUCUUAUGCAGCAUCUGGGAACAUACUUCAAUAAAGAAAAUGUUAUCAGCAACCCAAAAAGUCCAUCAACACCUCCAGAGACAUCUAAUCUCCAAUUGCAUUUGGACUCCAACCAGAAUGCAAUUCUAUUAGGAUCUACCAGUUCAGCUUGUGGGGUUCAAUUAGUUCCAACUAGACUGCCAAAUGGUGACAUUGCUCUUGUUUUACCAACUAGACCUACUGAAACAUCACCUCCUCCACCACCUCUUUCUAUGAUUGUGCCUACACCACCAUCCACACAAUCUGAUUCUUCUGGUUCUGAGUCACCUUUACCAGAUAGACCAUUAUCAUGCUAUUCAAUGGGUAGCUGUGAUAGUACAGAUACGUACAGUCAAUCAGAAUUGCCUUUGGCAUUGGUUACCAAACAUAGAAGAAAUGAUGAACAGUCUGAUCUAGAACAACCUUGGCGACCAUGGUAAUAAUCAUAAAAUUAUAAUUUUUUUUUCUAUUUAUCAGGAGAUUCUCAUUAAUUAAGUAUUUUUAUAUUUGUCUU